AUGGACUAUUACACGUUAGUACAAAGGACCGGAGCCGUGCGCCUCUCUUACACUCUCCACGAAUCGGACGACGCCGCAACCGCGUCCAGGCUGCCGCCUAUUGUGGCGCUGCACGGAAUGUUUGGCCGCAAGGAGAACAUGACCGCUGUUUCUAAAGCGCUGGCCGCGGCGACGGGUCGUAACGUGUUCGCCGUGGAUCUGCGCAACCACGGCGACAGCCCCCACACGGACGACAUGGACUACGCGCUGAUGAGCGCAGACCUCGAGCUGUUCCUGCAUGAUCGGGGCCUGCCCAGGGUGGCCCUCGUGGCACACAGCAUGGGUGGACGGGCGGCCAUGAAGCUCGCCGUCACCAAGCCCUCUGCGGUGGAGCGCCUGGUCGUGGUGGACAUUGCGCCGAGCGCCCUACCGCCGGCCCUGUUCAGUGUAUGGCUGCCUUGGCAAAUAAACGCGAUGGAACACAUCUUGUCGUUGCUGUCGCCGGACAUGAGCCUCGAUCAGGCUCUUCAGCUGGCCGAUGAAUACCUCAGCAGGGAAGUGACCAAACCCUACGUCCGCAGCUACUUGCUAGCGAACCUGCGCAAGGGACCUCUUACGUACGAGUGGCAGCCCAACCUCAAGGUCAUCAGACAGAAACUCGAGAUACUGUGCGAUGCUCACUACCUCAACAACAAAAUCUCCCACGUCGAAGCACUGUUCAUCUCAGCCGACAGAUCUGUCUACAUCACGGACGAGGAUGCGAAAGCCAUCAAGCAGACGUUUCCCGAAGCGCGCGUCGUUACCAUAAAAGGCGCCAACCACUGGGUCUACAACGACAAGAGAGAAGAGUUUGUCGACUUGGUCAGGGACUUCAUGACAGCGCGUCGCCCGGAAUCAGCUGAAACGUCUGUCCGCCGCUUGAAUGAGGAAGAACAAGGAGGACAGUGCGAGGCACGAUCGCGAAUUCGGCGGUGCUGUGCGCCGAGCUAUAGAACCAGUGUGUCGACAAAGUCGGGGCCGUCGACUACUAUUUCCACCCAUUCCUGAGCGCGUUUCGUGCGUUUCGUGCGUUUCGUGCAGUCUCAAUUAUUCUUUGACACUUUUGCUUCAGGAUAGAAGUGCAUCAUCGAAGGUUGAUGUAACGGCGACGUAACAGGAAGAAGGGUCCGCGGUCGGUGCUGAGCGCCUAACAGGAAUGAGUGUGUCGACAAACUGGGGCCGGCUAUAGUAUACGCCCCCCCCUUUUUUACCCGUUGAUGUGCCGUUUUUGUCUAACAUUAAUUACUCUUCGGCACUUUUCCUUCGGGAUAAAAGUGUAUCAUUGAAGGUUUGCUGUAGCGCUGAAGCAAUGUGGAGAGGGGUCUGUUAUCGCAAACAAUUUGCCACCCCCUCUUAUGUUUCUAUGUGUGCUCCUGUCCAUUGG